UGCAUAGCGCCGAAACGAAAGGAAGGCAGGAAGAAGGGAAGGUCGAGCCCGGGGACGAGGACCUGACGAGUUUCCUCCUUCGACGAAUCUAACUCGGGAGCGCGCGGGGUUACUCAUCACGCGCGCGCGCGCGCGCGUGUGUGUGUGUGUGCGACUCGUUCGUCAUUGCCAGCGAGAAAAGUAACGUGCCUUCCCUCGCGCGACGAGCUGCGAGCCCUCCGCUUCCAUCGUCGGCGAUCACGACGGGACGAGCACGAUGUGAGGAGCCACGAGGCGCACGAGCACAACCCCGAGCAACCCUCUCGUGCUCUCCCGCAGGUGUAUCCUCGGGAACGCUGAGGUGUGCAUCGGCUCGCUUCUUCCGACCUCGACUUGGAUGACUGAGAAGACCCGAACAUUUCGACGUCGGACACGAGGAUAACGCUUCCAGUUGACCAGAAGACAGUCCUCGUUUGGUAAUCAACGGGGGAUAAGGCGUUCCCAAGGGAGACUACGAUCGUAGAUACCGUCGAUGGCACCUGGACACGACGAGCACGAGGAGUACGUGUGAUUCGCGAUGUGGGUGUCCUCGGCAGUGUGGUGAUCGGUCCAGAAUGUCAGUGAUCGACGGAGCCGACGAAGGGAAAGCACCGCAGCGCGGAUAGCCGUCGACGGCAUCGGUGGCAGCGUUUCGCCGCGAGUGUUGAAGCGUCUUAUCGCGUGCGAGGCUGGCGGCCGCGGUGACGAGAUAUCGACCGCAGCCGUCGAAUUAAUCGCCGAAGGUCGCGAGCACCGCCUCGCUUUUGUCCCUCGCUCGAUCAACGCGAUCCUUCGUUCUCCAGUGGAUGAUCUCGGCGAAGGGCGAGCCAUGAUCGAGCGUGGACCACCAUCGAACUGCGUCUGUCGAUUCGGGGAUCGCACCAAGUCACGAGCUCCCUCGUUGAGCCUCUUCCUCGAUCGUAUCCCGAUCUCUCUCUCGAGUCACCUUUAAUAGCUUAUUGUUAGAUGAAACGAUUCCCAAUUUUCGUCACUCGCGUCCGUCGCAGUUGUCGCAACGGCGCGGCUCACGAGUGAAAGUGAAGCGCGAAACGUCGUUAAUCGUUGAAAAUCGUUAAAAUCGAUUACGUCGAUAAGUUCGUGAACCUCUCGGCGCGAGUACGGAUCGUUGUAUUUAUGAACAAUCGACCGCUGCCGAUAGUUCGUAAUUAGGCUUCAAGUUUUUCCUUUUCCUUUCGACGAUACCCUAGCACUUCCUUAUCCACACGGUCGGGUAGGUCGCACUCGCGCCGGAUCUAAGGACUUCGACCGCUACGCUCCCGCGCUGUUUCGAGGCUGCGCGCGAGGAAACGCGUGGUUGAAUCGAAGCGACCCUCUCCGAACGAGACCCACUGACCUAUCGACUCGACGGGCGGCCACUCGAGGCCGUUCCAGCUACCCCUCUUCUACACCUUUCGCCCUGAUGUUUGUUGUUGUUCUUAGCUCUUUGGCCCGACCUGCGGCUCGGUCGCUCCCACUUUCGAACGCGUUUAAAAAAAAAAUCACUCGCUCCGCUCGCGAGCAUACAAAUGACGCUUCUUCCCUGAAUGUCUCAAAUUGAAGACGUCGACUACGAGAGUGUUCGGCGCGCGGCGAUAUCAAAUGACCCCCUUGAUUCCCCAUCAUCGCUUUCACGUCCUUUUCCAAACUGACGAACCUAGUCGAUUGGAUAAGACGAAAAUGGACAGAGGCAAAUGUUGGCUCGCGUACGGCGAGAAGUCGAUCGGAAGCGGAUGCCUCGAGCUCGAGAUUCUUUCCGACAUCGGCGCAUUGUGUCAACGUAUUGUGAAAGCAAACGGAUAUCAUUAACGGCGAUCUAAAUAAACGUGACGAAGUAGAUCAAUAUUGUUAAUAUAAAGCCACCAGUCAAGCACGCGAAGGACAACAAGAGAUUAAGAAGGGAACAUCGCGCGCGCCUCGUGAAGGAAGCUGUUUUAAAGAGAUCUUCUCUUUAAUGCCGAGAGAGAGACAAUGAUCCCGCCGAGGAGAUGCAAAUAAAUCCCGCAAAUAAUCCGCACAUGAAUAUUUACAUAUAGACGAGAGUAUAAUGGGAUAGAAGCCCGGAGCGGGUACUCGAGUAAUCUCGAAAGUGACUAACUAUUCAAACUGACUGUGUCCGAUUCAUUCAUCUUCAUCUCGUCGCUGGCCUCAACGCAACGCAACAACAACGACGCUGUCUUCGACAGUUAUCGCACGUAGAGAUGCCGUAGCUCGUAUUAAGGUAUUUUUACUGAAAGCAAACGUCCGCGAGAAAAAAUGGCUGAGAGCGCAGCGAGCCCAGGCAACGUGCAUGCGAACAGUCCGCAACAGCAACAGCAACAGCAGCAACAACCGCAACAACCGCAGCAGCAGCAGCAGCAGUCGCCGCAACAGCAGCAACCGCAGCAACAAACGCAACAGCCUCCAGAUAUAAGCAGUUCACAGCUAACAUCUCCGCCGAUCACGGGAACAGCCCAGAUCGAGAUAAUCCCGUGCAAGGUAUGCGGGGACAAGAGCAGCGGCGUGCAUUACGGCGUGAUCACCUGCGAGGGCUGCAAGGGCUUCUUCAGGCGGUCGCAGUCGUCGGUCGUCAACUAUCAAUGUCCGCGGAACAAGAAUUGUGUGGUCGACCGUGUAAACAGAAACCGGUGCCAGUACUGUCGGUUGCAAAAGUGCCUACGCCUCGGCAUGUCAAGAGAUGCCGUUAAAUUUGGGCGCAUGUCGAAGAAACAACGGGAGAAAGUCGAAGAUGAAGUCAGAUUCCACAGGGCGCAAAUGAGGGCGGCUUCGGAGACGGCGCCGGACAGCAGCGUGUUCGAGCAUCAGACGCCGAGCAGUUCGGAUCAACAUCAUCCUUAUAAUGGCGGGUACACGUACAGCGGUAGCGAAUACACGUCGUCAGGCCCCGGCACCGGCGGUUACACGAAUUACAAUCAUCAGGCGAUGACGAAUUACGAGCUUAGCGCCGACUACGUCGACAGCACGACGACCUACGACCCCAGACCGACGCAGACGCAGGUCGCAGACACCGUCGCGCCCGACACACCCUCGACCGUCACCCCGGCCGGGGUGCUCUCCAGCGUGGUCACUACCGGGAAGUCUCUGUCCGCCUCGACGACCGGGAGCGGUGCAGGGGGUGGCGGUACCGGCGGCGGAGGAGGCGGAGGCGGUGGCGGCGGCGGCGGCGGCGGCAGUAGUGGUGGUGGUAGUAACGGUGGCGGUACUGGUAGCGGUAAUGGUAGUGGUAGCGGCGGCGGCGGCGGCGGCGGCGGCGGUGGUGGCGGCAGCGGCGGUGGUUCCACCGUGGCCGCCGGCGGGACUGCCGGGGGUGGCGGUGGCGGUGGCGGCGGCGGCGGCAGCGGCUCCCUGAGCGGCGGCGGAAUCGUCGCCGUGAAGCAGGAGACCACCGUCGAGCUCCCCGGUCUGGGCCACGGCUCGUACACGAUGGUUGACUCGACGACCUUCCUUAGCGGACAGCAACAGAGGGUCAGCAACCCGUCUGAGGAUGACGAAGUGCCGAGUCUGCCCAGUAUGUCCCAUGCGAUGAGAUAUCCGGCACAGAUCAGCGAGCUUCUCUCGAAAACGAUAGCAGACGCGCACGCGAGGACAUGCCUGGUGUCGACGGAACAGAUCCAGGAGUCCUUCCGGAAGCCCACCGACAUCUCCAGAAUGAUCUACUACAAGAACAUGGCGCACGAGCAGCUCUGGCUGGAGUGCGCCCAGAAGCUAACCACCGUCAUCCAGCAGAUCAUCGAGUUCGCCAAAAUGGUCCCUGGAUUCAUGAAGCUCUCGCAGGACGACCAGAUUGUUUUAUUAAAGGCCGGUUCCUUCGAGUUGGCUGUGCUACGAAUGAGCAGGUACCUCGAUCUCCAGCAAAACUGCGUCCUAUACGGCGACGCCUUGCUACCACAGGAGGCGUUUUAUACGACGGAUACGGCGGAAAUGAAGCUUGUUACCUGCGUGUUCGAGGUGGCCAGAAGCAUCGCCGAACUGAAGCUCACCGAAACCGAGUUGGCGCUCUAUAGCGCGGUUGUUCUACUUAACCCUGAGCGACCGGGACUGAAGUGCCUGGGAGACAUCAAUAGGCUGUCGCAGGCGGUGAUCAGAGCGUUGAGGUCGGAACUGGAUCGGAACCAUGUGACGCCGAUCAAGGGUGACGUGACCGUGUGCGACGCGAUCCUCGCGAAGAUAUCGCAGCUACGGGAGAUCUCGUUGCUGCACAUGGACGCGCUGGCGAAGUUCAAGCGGUCGCAGCCGCACCUCGAGUUCCCGGCCCUCCACAAGGAACUCUUCAGCGUCGAUAGCUGAACGAGCGACGCGGCGCGGAACGUCGUCCCGGCGCUGCCGAGCGAACAGGAGCGCGAAUAGCGUCCCGGACCUUGCUCGGUCAAGAUUAUUUCCUUCGUAAUGAACGUAUUGGGCCUUAAAUAAACAUAAAAAAACAUUGUUAUAUAUAAAGUAUACAUAAAAAAAGCAACAUAAAGUAUAU